CAAAAAUAUAGACUUAUAUUAUUGAAAGGGAUAAUAUUAGGUAAAUUAUAGAGUGAGAUUAAAUCUUGAACCUCAAAUUAAAUUUUCACGUGGAUUUUCUAAGGUGAUGUAAUUGCUUUUUCAUUGUCAAAGAAUGAAAGAUCUAUCUAUCCUUGGUUGAAAAUCGAGGGGAUCCCAAUCUUUGAUCUACCGAUCGAAAGGCACUGACUUUCCGACAACCCAUUUCUCCAUCUUCCUUGAUCUCUUCUGGGUUGGUGAAAUGAGGAAUCCGCAUAGCAAUGGAAACGUUCCGAAGCUGGAAGAAGCUGAUGAUGCAACGGAGGAGAACGGCUACGGAGAUGGCGUAAUCUUGGGCCUUGACGGUGGGGCCACCUCAACGGUCUGCGUCUGCGUGCCGUUUUUCCCGUACGGAGAUCGUUUCCCGGAGCCUAUUCCGAUCCUCGGUCGAGCCGUCGCCGGUUGCACCAAUCGCAAUAGCGUAGGAGAGACUGCAGCGAAAGAUUCACUAGAGCAUGUUAUUUCUGAGGCGCUUUCACAGUCCGGUUCAGAUAAAUCACAUGUCCGCGGUGUUUGCUUAGGUGUUUCUGGUGUAAACCAUCCCUCAGACCAGGGAAUGGUUGAACAUUGGAUAAGGGACAUGUUCCCUAGUCAUGUCAAGGUAUAUGUUCAGAAUGAUGCUAUUGUGGCUUUAGCUAGUGGGACGAUGGGAAAGCUUCAUGGAUGUGUUUUGAUAGCCGGUACUGGAUGUAUAGCCUAUGGCUUUGAUGAAGAUGGCAGGGAGGCUAGAGCCUCUGGUGCUGGACCUAUCUUAGGUGAUUGGGGAAGUGGCUAUGGGAUAUCUGCACAAGCCUUAACGGCGGUGAUUAGAGCUCAUGAUGGCCGUGGUCCAGAAACGAUGCUCACAAGUACCAUCUUAAAAGCCCUUGGACUUUCCUCUCCUGAUGAGCUCAUCGGCUGGACUUACGCUGAUCCAUCUUGGGCACGUAUCGCUGCUCUUGUUCCUCAAGUGGUAUCUUGUGCAGAAGCUGGUGAUGAAAUUUCAGAUAAGAUCUUGGUUGAUGCAGCUGAUGAUUUAGCUCUAAGUGUUAAAGCUGUUGUACAGAGACUUGGUUUAUGUGGCAAAGAUGGGACAGGUUCUUUCCCGGUUGUAAUGGUGGGCGGUGUCCUAAACGCUAAUAGGAAAUGGGACAUUGGAAAACAAGUCUCAAAGCGUAUCAACAAACACUUUCCCGGCGCUCAGACUAUCAUACCAAAGGUAGAGCCAGCUGUUGGAGCAGCAUGGUUGGCCAUGAACUUUUUAACUGUCAAAAACGAUGUUUCUUGAAUCUUUUUAGCACACGCCCCAUAGUGAUCAAUUUUUACUCUUGUUGUGGUACAUAUGUCCAAUAGCACAUUAAAAAUCUCAUUUGUCAAAGGCCAAAUCUUGUUAUUGUCAAGUUUCAGUUCUUGUUAUUA